AUGGAAGAUUUUGAUGAUUUAACACAGUCAUCUGAAACAGCCUCAGAGUACGGCAGGUUUCCCUGCCCUAAUUAUGAAACUAUAUUAAAAGUAAUUGCGCAACUUAGCCUGGAAUGCAAAGAUUCUGGUAGCCUAUUAAUAAUCCAAGACACAGUUCAUUCAUAUAAAAGGUUAAUAGGACUUAAGAAUAGUCACUGCAAAGCACUUCUAGGAAAACUUGGAACUGUGGAAAAUGAAGUGAUUGGACUCCAUAAGAAGUUAUCAGAUGCCGAACAUGAGAAAAUAAAGCAGGAACAAGAACUCUGCAAUCUAAGAUUUGCUUUAAAACAAGAGGAGGAGAAGAGAAAAAAUGCUGACUGGGUUUAUGAAAAAAUGAAGGCACAGUUAAGAGAAAAAGAGGAGCAGUAUAAUAAAGAAGUUAAAGUGAGGCACAAGCUUGAGAUGCGCGUUAGAGAACUGGGUGCGGAAUUGAAGACCGCGAGAAGUAGUCUUGAUAAAGCUAUAGAGGAACGGAAUGAUAUUGAGAGGCAGCUUUUGCAAGAACAGAAUGCCAGAAUCCUGCAGGACCAGAUUCUGGCAAAUCACUUUCACAAACAAAAGGAGCGAAAAAUGGCACAAGAGAAAAUCAGUUCUCAGUUGCAAGAAGCACUGGAUCAACACAUAGAGCCUGCUCAAUGCGUUCAGAAGAUGCACGACUGCAUUCAGAAACUUGGACUUGAAAAUUGCAAAUUAAAAGCUACAGCAAGAAAACAAGCAGAGAAAAUUGAACAGUUAAAGAAGAGUCUACUAGCUAAAAUUUUGAAUGAUGAUCUUACUGCAAAACUGGAAACUGCAUCUUCCAAAUGUCUACAUCUGCAUAAAGAAAACCAACGGCUUCGGCAGGAGUUACUGUGUAUGAAAACUGUACAAAAGAAAUGUGAAAAAUUAAAGAAGCAUAAAACGAAGUUGGAACAGGAAAUAGUUAUCCUCAAAAGUCACAUGGAGAAGAAUAUGAUAGAAUGUGGUCAAGUAGAACAGUAUAAAUGGGAAAUUGAGGAGAAAACAAAGCAGGACUUAGUGGAAAAAUUAAAACAAAUCAACCUAUUUUUGCAGACACAAGCAGCCUAUGAAGACAAGCUAGAGAAGCUGAGGCACAAACAGAACACUUCAGUGCGAACUCAGAUGGAGCUCAGAAUAAAGGACCUGGAAUCGGAAUUCUCUAAAAUGAAGAAUCAAGUAGAUUGUAAUCAAAUCGAAAUGGAAAACUAUAAGCAGCUCUACCUGCAAGAAGUCAAAAUUAGAAAAUCAUUGUCAAAUAAACUAAGCAAAACAGAUGAAAGACUAGCGGAGGUGAAGACUAAACUUCUCCUGGAGAGGAAGCAGAGCAGAGCUUCUCAGCACAGCACCACUGACACAAGAUCUGUGCUGGAGUCCACCUGUCCUAGAGACCUUAGUAAUAGACUUUUCAUUCCAAGAAGUUUCUCUGGAGAAAACAUAAUGGUUCCUGCCUCAAACCUCUGGCGUUCAGUUGAGACCACGGAAAACUGCAAGACCAAGCUACUGCUGAAUCAGGACUUCAUAGAACUUCUUCUCUAG